GUAAAUACUGUGAAUGAUGAGCUUCGCUGUACUCAUAUAAGAACGUGCUGCGCCUUCCAAAAAAGUAUCCGAUUUCUUACAAUCAAGUCACCUUCAAGUUGCAACGGCAUUUUGUAUCAAACUACCUAUCUAACUCCACAUACUACGUCAAAGAAAAGUAUUUAGCCAUAUUCCCACUCUCAAGCUAUCUCCAUCUACACACUCAACGCAAUCAUGACUUCCACCGAUAUGUGGUCAGAUUCUGCCAUCUUUGAGUGGUGUACCGAAACUUCACCAGCAAGCAAUUUCAAUACUUCCAACAAAGGCAAUGCACAUGCUCGCCAUAGUUCAAACAGCACUUACAUGCCAGAUGUUGGAUCGCAUCUAUCUUUCAAAGAUUUAGGUCCCAUCAUCUUGCGAAUCGAAGUCGGUAGUGGUAGAGAGCCUGGAGGCACCGUUACCUUCAAAGUCCAUGCCAAGCUUCUCUACACCAAGAUCCCAGUCCUCGAAUAUAUGGUCGCCAAUACUUCUGAAGAAUUCUUAGACCCAGUCAAGGAAGUUCCAGAUGCUAUCCUCGCACAUGAUGAUCCAAAGGCCUUCAAGCUGCUUGUCGACUGGGUAUACACUGAUAAGAUUGAUGGCGGUCUUAGUAAGAUUGCAAGUAUCGAGGACACAACCACACCCUCCAAGGGUUCCUUCAAAGGACUUUUCAUGUCUAUGAAGCUUCCAAUCCUCGUAAAACUCUGAAUUCUUGCCGAAAAAUAUCACAUCUCCGGUCUUCAAGAUGAAUCCAUCAACUUCCUCAUCAAGUUCAUGGUCGAUACCAAGGCAAGAGCUAAUCCUUCUUGUUGGUUGGAGGUCUACAAACACACUAUCCCUAAAUCAAAGUUGAGACUUUUAAUAUCCCGAAUUGCAGUAUGGCAAAUGUCACAAGAGGGUGGAUUGGACGGAAUUAGUGAUGAGAACCUGGAGUCGAUCUUCUCUCGCAGUGAAGAAUUACGUUUUGACAUAUCAACACUUACGGAGGAUAACAUGGGAGGUAGUCGGGCUGAUCCGUUGUUGGCACCAGCUUGUGAUUACUAUAGCGAUUAAGUUGAAUAGCAAAUGAUCUUAUUUACACAUUCAGUUGCGCGGCGUUGAAGCUCGAAGGAUGGAUGCACGCUUUAGCCAUAGGAGACUUUGCUUUCAGGAACGAGUUUGACUCGUUGAGGCUGUUACUGCUAGUUUAUCAGGAAAUCAUAUCAGGUCUA